AUUUUAGAGGGUGCCUUAAGAUUGUGCAGAAUUUUAAAGGGUGCUUCAAUAUUGUGCAAAAUGUUAAAGGGUGCCUCAAGAUUAUGUAGAAUUUUAAAGGGUGCCUUAAGAUUGUCCAUAAUUUUAAAGGGUGCCUCAAGAUUGUGCAGAAUUUUAAAGGGUGGCUCAAGAUUGUGCAGAAUUUUAAAGUAUGCCUUGAGAUUGUGCAGAAUUUUAAAGGGUGCCUUGAGAUUAUGCAGAAUUUUAAAGGGUGACUCAAGAUUGUGCAGAAUUUUAAAGGGUGCUUCGAGAGUAUGUAGAAUUUUAAAGGGU